GCGAACAUCCCCUUUAAUAUCAGUUUCUGAGACUCUUGAACAACGACUGUUUAUUGCGUCGAGAGAGAAAAAAUAUUCAUGCUGGACUCAGCGGAUUAUAUUAACAUUCGAGUUGAUAGUUUAGAGCCAGCAGUCAAAUGUAUUAAAGGCGGUGUAACGAACUGAGGAGUGCAAAACUUGAUGCUUCUCUGACAGGUGACUUCAUUGAUUGAUUAGAAGUGUUAGAAUAGUGGAAAAAAAUUCAAUGUGAGGUGUAUAGAACACCACAACUCGCCGAAACAAACUCACAAACAGUGAAUAACUCUUAGCAAAUUUUGAUAACGUUGUUGCGUCGGUUUGUUUACACCGUGCUGAGCUCAGUUCUGUUUAAAUCAACGAUGAGGAAUACACAUUGUUUGUUAAUCGUAAUAUUUUUCUCGUGUGGGGCUGUUGGCAAUACAAGUGAUGAAAGCUAUGAAUCCGCACAUAGUUUUCGAACAGUUAUCAAAGACUAUUGUGAUUGGAAAUAUUCAUGCUGCGAACCAACGGAAGCACUUUCACUCUGCAAAGAACUUUGCUUCAAUUCAAUUAACUGUACCGAUCCUGACGAGGAGGUAUUCGGGCGACUGCAGGUGGCGACAUCAUUCGGAUUUUUAAAAUCCAGAGGAGGAUUUCUGGAAAAACCCACCCAUCGCCCGGCAAAAGUGGUCUGCCCAGAAGGAUACCGACCGGAUCAUCGAAAUCGCUGCCGACUGGUGUUUGAUUUUUAACCUAUUUUUAGUUUCUAUAUACUCGUGUAAGCACCACAUACAGAAUGUUUAGUAAUACACUCUAUUGAACGAACCAAAAUACUGAGUUACAUUCCAUCGCAUGAUAAGCGCACCGAAGCUUAAUCCCUCGUGGUUCUUAUCAAUCGGUUCCAAAAUGAAAGAUAACACAUUCCGUUUUUUCCACCAAUAAUUUUGUUUCUUUAUCGCACAACGUAUCGUCACGAGGUCAAGUAAACAGUGGCUGACGAAGAACAAGUGAAGAUGGUGCUUAAAAUUGUGCCGAUCAUUACACUCAUUCACAUCUCAAUACAGUCAACUUCAGCUGAAAACAUUCUCUUUCUGCAACCAUUGCCGUCCAAAAGCCAUCAUAUCUGGAACAAACAAAUCUUCGAUCGUCUGUACAACAAUGGCCACAACCUCACGAUACUUUCGUUCGAACCGGAAAAAUCCACUCCCGGCAAGACAUUUCUCAUGAUUGAUAAUUUCAUGGAAAAGUUCAAGGCCGAAUACGACGAGGAGUUGAUUCCCACAGCCCAACUGAACCCAUUCACAAACAUUGUAGUGAUGUAUAAAUUCCUCAACACUGCCAGUCGAAUCCUGGCCAAAGAAGAUGCCAUUCGGCAGCUUUUGUCCUACCCGAAAAGCUUUAAAUUCGAUCUAAUCAUUCACGACUUUACAAUGGGACAGUUCCUGCUUGGAUUCGUGGAAUACUUCGGAAAUCCCCCGCUGGUAUCGAUUUCGGCCUUCAACAUCCCCUCCUACGUAACGACCAUUGCUGAUGCACCGUUGUACACGACAUACAUGCCUCAUUUUUCAUCAGGGUACGAUACCCGAAUGAACUUCCUGGAGAGGGCCAAAAACACUCUGUAUUGGGCAUUCGAUAUUUUCUAUCGAAAUCAAAUCUACAUGACAAACGAGGAUCGCCGGGCAAAGCAACUGUUCGGCAGAGACUCUACUUCAGUGAAAGUGAUUGAAAAACGCUCCGACGUCAUUCUGGUCAACAACGACUUCAGCAUGGAUUAUUACCAACCGUUACCACCGAAUGUGAUCCCCGUCGGAGGCUUACACAUAUCUCGCAGCGAAGAGGUACCACCUAUCGUCAAGCAGUUUAUCGCCCGGGCCAUCAAAGGUGUGAUUCUGGUUAGUUUCGGAACCAAUAUUGCUAGCGAAAAUUUGGGCGAAAAUGUAAACAACGACAUGUACAAAGUUUUCCAUAGUAUGCCAGAAUACGGGUUUAUUUGGAAGCAUGGAAACCCGGAGACACUGGGAGCGAUUCCACCUAACUUGCUGGUGAUGAAAUGGGUUCCGCAAGCUAUGAUCUUGGCUCACCCUAGAACGAAGCUGUUCAUCAGUCAUGCGGGACUUCUGAGUCUUCAGGAAGCCACUUGGCAUGGGGUUCCGGUGAUCGCUAUACCCUUCUUUGCCGAUCAGUAUUCCAACGCGGAUAAAAUAGUGAGCGCACGCGUUGGUGUAAAACUACCCCUGACGGACAUUAACGAGCCCAAUUUGAAGCAAACUAUCCUGCAAGUGGUCAACGAUUCUAGGUACCACGCGAAGAUGAAGGAACGUUCGUAUCUCUUCAAAGGCCAACCCGACUCUCCCCUAGACCGGGCGAUAUUCUGGAUUGAGAAAGUUAUUGAAAACAAAGGUCUGAGUUAUCUACGCUCACCCUCGCACGAGAUGAAUAUUUUCCAAAUGUACGGACUAGACAUGAUAGGAACAGUUCUGUUGGUAGCCUUCUGCUACUAUCUUAUCAUCAGAAAACACAUCCGAAAAGUAGUUUCCACCGAUAGAAACAAACCAAAGAAAGAAUAAACUGGUUCCCACGCUCCAUUGAAAUCAAUCGCCGCCUUCAACGAUGUCGAUACUUGCUUUUUGAUGAUAACAACUUUUAAAUAAUCCAUUCCAUUGAUAUUCUCGAUGAGACAGUUGCAACUAACUGUCGAGAAGAACUUGUUUUGUCAGUAGAUGUACGAUACAAGAAUUGCUUAUCUAUUAAGCCUUUUGAUCUCAGCGAUGUAAAAUUGGAUUUCAGGACACGAAAAAAUGUCCCCACAUAUCUUCACCAUGAUCGGCAAAUGUUUUGUUUUCCGAAAACAAAAUCUCUAAAAUUAUCGCCGGCGUAAAAAACUCAAAACCGAUCACUAAACAAGAUAACCACGUUUUCAGGCAAGAAAAAAUGAUGAUUUA